AUGACAUACUGCUGCUACCCACUCCACCAUCAAGCACCUGCCACACCCUCCCCCAGCACCCAGCGGCCGCCUGUUGCCUCGGUAACCAAACCCCAUCACACAGAUUGUGAAAACAUUUACAAGGGCUAUUGUGUUAACUACACUGAGUCGUGUCGGAGUGGUGACCACCUUUCAUUCAGUCAUUGUGGCUUUCUCAAACUCUGCUGCUAUCCUGAGUCCUAUCAUCCGGGCACUGGAGCUCUUGGAGGAUCUCUUCUCGGAUCCGGAUCAGGGAGCCAUAUUACCGGACCAAACCAUCAAACCAACAACAACCAACCGUCACUACCGACACAUCCAUCCAACACGUCCGGGUCCAUUGUAGAAUCACGCACCUGUGGCAUCACGUUGGUGAGUCACAAUCACAGGAUAGUGGGAGGGGGUCAAGCCGAACCACACGAAUACCCAUGGCAGGUGUCGCUGCGGUACAAUGGUCAGCACCUGUGUGGUGGAACCCUCAUCGACGACCAGUGGGUCCUUACAGCGGCCCAUUGCUUCCAACAAACCUACGGCAACUACUGGACAGUCGCCAUCGGCCUUCACGACAUCUACAACGUCCAGUACAGCCAGGUGAUCGAUGCUGCCCGUGUGUUCACACACGCUGGGUACAGCUCCAGCACCAACUCCAACGACGUCGCCAUCGUCAAGCUAGCCAAGAGGGUGGACACCCAACACAAGGACACAAGGACAGCCUGCUUACCGGACAGAGACGAGACGUUUGAUGGGUUGGUUUGCACAGUCACAGGAUGGGGCGCCGCGUACUCGGAGGGUCACAUCCAGCGUUACCUGCAGGAAGUUGAUGUCCCCAUCAUGAACAACAAGUUGUGCGCCUACUACAUGGGCAGCCACAUCCACGCCUCCAACAUCUGCGCCGGAUAUUCGCAGGGCGGCAAGGACGCGUGUCAGGGAGAUUCCGGCGGCCCACUUGUGUGCAGGAAGGGUGGUGUCUGGAAGAUAGUGGGUGUGGUGUCCUGGGGGAUCGGGUGUGGGGAGAAGAACGCCCCCGGGGUGUACACCCGGGUUUCCUCCUUCAUUGACUGGAUAGAUGACAUCUUCAGAGGUGGUCUAAUGGAUACAGUGUUGCCAAUCGAGGUUGUCCAAGGUCGGUGUUUCAGCCCCACGUGCCUCAUGCCAGAAGACGAGAAGAAGUCUCUUGAUGUUAUCCUGCAUGGAAAUGUCAGCUCGAUGGCACUGUACUAUGUCUGA